UCGUGGUACUUCAUUGCAGUUUACCCGUAGCUUACGCUCAUUUUCACAUGCCGCCAGUCGAGCAGGCGUCGAAGCUCCGCCGCAACGACACAACCACAUACGCAGAACACAUCAACACAUAAGACAUUCAAUAUGGCGACCAAAACCACCUCCAUCGUCGUCGCAUCCAAGAACCCCACAAAGAUACGGGCGGCGCAACUCGGGUUUGAAUCUGCACUGCCUGGAGGCUCGUACGACAUGCGCGGGGUCAGCAUACCGUCGGGAGUGCCCGACCAGCCCCUAUCGGACGAGGAGACGCUGCGCGGGGCGCUCAACAGGGCGAGAGGGGCUCAGGAGAGCGAGACGGAGGCGGACUACUGGAUCGGGAUCGAGGGCGGCAUCGAUAUGGCAGAUCGGCAGGAGGGGGGGCCGAUCAUGAACUUUGCGUGGAUCGUGGUGCUCGACCGGCACGGACGCGUGGGUAAGGCGCGUACGGCAGCGUACUACCUUGCCGAGGAGACGGCGGCGUGCCUGCGUCGGGGCAUGGAGCUCGGGGAUGCGGACAACCUCGUCUUUGGGCAGACGAACACGAGGAGCGGCAAGGGAUCGGUCGGGCUGUUGACGGACGACGUGAUUGACCGGACCGAGUACUAUCGCCAUGCCGUCAUCCUAGCUCUGAUUCCGUUCAAGAACAAGACCCUGACUUUUGUGUGACGGGCUCAGAUGGAUGAGUUUUGGUAUUUUUGACAACGACGACGAAGAACGAGUUUACGGUUAGAUAUGUCAUCGGCAAUGACGACGACGACAACGACGUCGACAUGAAGAAUUGGCGAACGUAUGACGGCAAUUGGCCCUGUCUCGUCCACCAACACCAGCGGGAUGUCAAGAGUGAGCCAUGCAGGAAGCCUGGCACGAAUCUGGCGGAAGCCUGGUAGAUGUCUGAUCUAGAAAGGAUCGCGAGAAUACAAGGAUAUUACUGAGGUAAACUCGAUAUUAGCUACCCACUUGUGAGUACAUGGUGAUUGAGACUUGACCAGCAUCUUUAAGUGUGGUUGGUUGGCCACAAUGUCCC